UUUACUUGUCAUAUCAGCUGAUUGCGUCAUAUCAUUAAAACAACAACGCAAAAACAAAAAACAAGUCUCAGGCUCCAUUUGGCUACAUCGUUUUUCAAAUUAUAGUGAGCAAAAGACACUAAAAUGAAAUUUCAAUAUAAAGAAGAACACUCUUUCGAGAAAAGAAAGACUGAAGGAGAAAAAAUACGCAGGAAAUAUCCGGAUAGAGUCCCAGUGGUUGUAGAGAAAGCGCCUAAAGCCAGGCUUGGUAACCUUGAUAAAAAGAAAUACUUGGUACCAUCGGACUUGACUGUUGGCCAAUUUUACUUUUUAAUCCGAAAACGGAUUCACUUGCGCCCGGAAGAUGCGCUGUUUUUCUUCGUUAACAACGUAAUACCACCAACUUCCGCGACAAUGGGUUCGCUAUACCAGGAACACCACGACGAAGAUUUCUUCCUAUACAUUGCCUUUUCCGAUGAAAAUGUUUACGGAUAUUAAUUUUAAUUUUCUAUUUCUUACUAUUAAUUCACUAUUACACAACCAUAUGUAAAAUAUGUUUAUCCAUAUGGUUAUUUUAGUUGUAAGGCUUAGCAAUAUUGAUGUAUUAUGUUUAAAAAGGUGAUAUUUUAAUUUUAUUUUGCUAUUUCAUCUCACGACUUUAUAAAUGCAAUGUUAUUAUAGCACUCGAAAAAUACUACAUACUGGGGCGAAAGAAUUCCAUUGUUUAAAUUUUGUUUGGUUAAGAGUGUAACAUUCAACAAUAAAUCUUCAAAAAACA